GUAAACCAAUUCGGUAGCUUUCGAAUGUAUUUCUCGUGUAACCAAUAAAUAUCUUGUUUUUGAUAUUAUGCAAAAUGGUCAAUCUACUAAGUCAUCAAAACCUGUGCCUACCUAUACUACUGGUUAUUGCAGCUGUACUGGUGCUGGCAGAGCCUGUGGAGAACAUCUCACCGAAUGGUCCACCAAAAGCUCUUAUUCUCAUUGAACGACUGAGACCCCCACCACCGCAAGUGAACCAUAACUCUAACAAUGAAAACAUGGAUCGUUCUGGUUUGUAUGUAAUGUGGCAAAAAGUUUUAGUACGCGUCUCUUCAGAAUUCCAACAAUCGGUGCUGUCAAAAAGUUUUGGUGUAAUGAAAGUAGCUAAAGAAAUGGAGGAAACGCCGCCAUAUAGAAUGGAAGAAAUAAAAUGGCGAAACAUUGCUGCAGAAGUUCGAACAGAUAAACGCAUCAUUGAUUCAGUACUGCUGUUAAUGAAAAUUCUAUUGGCUUUGGAUAUCGCUAUACUGUUGGGCGUGUUUUUGAUGUUAUUGGGCUGUUUUUUUAAAUCGAAAGAGCCAGAAGUAGACGAGGUUGCAGUUAAGGCGUGAUGGAGUUAAAAGAACUAACAUGAAAAUUAUCUUUUACAUAUUCUAA